UUUCAGUUGACAUGUGUAUUUUGUUCAUGCAAUUUUUAAUUUUGUUUACUUUUUGCUCAUGAAAAUGUCGACAAAUUGUAUAGUUUGUCAGGAAAUUACCAAAAAAUACAAGUGUCCAAAAUGCCUACAACCAUAUUGCUCCCUGAAUUGCUUCAAAGAACACCAGAAAACAGAAUGCAAACCUUUGACCAAAGUUGAUGAAAAAUCAAAUCUUGAUGACAAUCCAACGAUAUUUCCGCCUUUUAAAACAGAAGACACAGUUCAUCCAGCUAAAUUAGAACAAUUAAGAACCUGUGAACCACUGAAACAACUCCUCUAUAAUCCUCACCUGCGGACUUUUCUACAAGAAAUCGACGUUGCUCCAAAUGCUUGGAAUGCAAUGCGUGUGGCAAUGCAAGAGCCACUUUUUGUCGAAUUCGCUGAUGAAUGCAUGAAAGUCAUUGAACCACCAACGGAGGAUGAUUUCUGAACAAA